CCGGGUUUCUUCCUUCUCCUUUGCCACUCCAAAUUUUAUAUCGAUCCCCCCUCAAUCCCCGACUCUACUUCGCGGGUUCUACCAAAUUUUGGGGAAGGUGGUGGAGACUUUUGGUGUAUUGGUGUGUGUGUGUGUGGCUCCGGAGAUGAUCCAUCGCGCUUCGUUCGUGAGCUUUGGGAGACGAUUAGAUUGUUAGCGGACUUCUAACCCACCGCGAGUGAUAUAUAAAAGAUGUCGGGCGGUUCAGUCAAGUCAGUCAGCCCGUGUCAUCGUCUUUGGUGCAUCAAGCGCAACAGUUUCAAAACAGCAAAGCAGUGCGUGUGAGUUCGUGUGUGCUUUAAAACGAAAACGUGUGAUAAACCUUCUCAGUUUCAAAAUGUUCAAAGUGGUGUUUGCUCUGCUUGCUCUGGCUGCUGCCGUCUCGUUGGCUGCCCCGGCCGCUGACGAUGCGUCCGCCAACAUCCUGACGCACGAGUCGCGCCUCGAACCGGACGGUGCCUACUCGUACAAAUACUCCACCAGCAAUGGCAUCCAGGCGGAGGAGAGCGGCAUCGGCGGACAGUCGGUGCAGGGCUCGGCCUCGUGGGUCGGCGAUGACGGUGUGCCGAUCGUGCUGACCUACACCGCCGACGAGAAUGGCUUCCACCCGCAGGGAGUUCAUCUGCCGACGCCACCACCGAUCCCGGACUACAUUCUGCGGGCGCUACGAUACAUCGAGGCCAAGCAGGCCGCCCAGAAUGGCCAGAAGUAAGGUGCCAAAAAAGGCGUCCCAAAGAAGCGUGCCCGCGAAGGGUGAAACAUCCCACUUCCCACCACCAGGUUGUGAGCAAACGCUGAAAGAAAAGAGGAAAACCCCGAGAAUGCCAAGGCCUGGAGAAGUCAAGGUCAUCAUCAUCAUCAUCGUCAUAUUGUACUGGCCAUUAAGUGAUAAAACCCGAUAAUACUCGAUGCACAUUUUUGUAUAAAAGAAAUA